AUGAACAAGAAGGAGCUCAUGAGCUAUGCCGAGGGCCUGGGGGAGUUCAAGGAAACUCACGGGGCCUCGAAGGUGCCGAAAGGCCUGGCGUCGAUGACUUUGACGGAACUUCGCCAGAAAGCCGACAGCCUCUGCAUCCAGUACCCGGAGAAGGCUACAAAGGGCCAACUCCAGAAACUCAUCAGAGAUGGGACGCGUGCCCCGCACGAGGAGAUUGUCUGCUUCGGCCGCUACAAGAAUUUCAUGUACAAAGAGCUCCCAGAAGGCUACCUAACGUGGGCGAUUCGGGAGACGGAGGCGAACGACAACUCCUCGGACGGCCUCCGACGUCUGACCAAAUGGGCCAAGAGCAGGGAGACUCCGAAGGGGUACACCACACCGGACCCGGAG